CUUAAGGCAUCCCAUUACAAAGCAAUGAACGACGCACUAGGACUGGCAGCCUAACUAUAUAAAGCUUGAGCUGACUGCAUGUGCUCAGCACUCAAGCCUCUUCCUACCCAGCAUCUCACUCAUUCAAGCACCUUACUCCUGUACCAAACUUUUUAUCAGAGCAGUAGGAGAUAAACUGGGCUUCCCUCCUGCAUUCAUCUAAUGGCUGUGCUGAGUAGGACCUAACAUCUUACAGGUUUCGAGAAUAGCUUUGAAGAGAAAACAGAAAAAGCUACAUAGAAGUGACACUACAAAGGAAAAGCACAAAAGUCAACAUUGAGUAAGGGCACAGCCAUGGGGUAUCCCAUACAGGUAUUUGCCUGUCUUCUUUUAAUGCUGAGCUCUCAAGUGAACUGUGGACUUAUAAGAAAAGUUAUCCGACACAAAAGAGACGCUGGUUUAAACAUCACCUUGCCUGAAGACAACCAGCCUGUAGUGUUUAACCAUGUGUAUAAUAUUAAAGUUCCAAUGGGUUCCUUAUGCUCUGUUGACCUCGACCCAAUAGGAACAGAAGAAAAUGAGUUAAAGCCACAGACAGAGCUUGGAAAAAAUGACCAGGAAACCACUUUAAAUGGGGAAAACCAGAUAAUUUUUACACAUCGCAUCAACAUCCCUAGGCGUGCUUGUGGAUGUGCAGCAGCUCCAGAUAUUAAGGACCUUCUAAGCAGACUGGAGGAGUUGGAAGACCUUGUGUCAUCUCUCCGAGAACAAUGUACUACAGGGGCUGGGUGCUGUUCUAAUACACAGACUGCUGAAGGUACAGUAGAAACCAAGCCUUACUGCAAUGGACGUGGGAAUUAUAGCACUGACACUUGUGGCUGUAUCUGUGAGCCUGGGUGGAAAGGACCCAAUUGUACAGAAGCAGAAUGUCCAGGAAACUGCAAUAACAGAGGAACAUGCGUGGAUGGAAAAUGUGUUUGCAAUCCAGAAUACACCGGAGAGGACUGUGGUGAAUUAGCCUGCCUGAAUGAUUGUAAUGACCAAGGCAAAUGUGUUAAUGGAGUCUGUGUUUGCUUUGAUGGCUUUGCUGGAGAAGAUUGUGGUGAAGAGGUUUGCCGCAUCCCUUGCAGUGAGCAUGGAAAGUGUGUGAAUGGCCAAUGUGUCUGUGAGGAGAACUUUACCGGGGAGGACUGUAGCCAACCCCUCUGUCCAAACAAUUGCAAUAACCGUGGACGUUGUGUGGAUAAUGAGUGUGUCUGUGAUGAGCCUUACACAGGAGAGGACUGCAGCGAGUUGAUUUGCCCUAACGACUGUUUUGACCGUGGUCGUUGCAUAAAUGGUGUGUGCUACUGUGAAGAAGGGUUCACUGGUGAAGACUGUGGUGAACUGGCCUGUCCAAAUAACUGCAACAACAAUGGGAAAUGUGUGAAUGGACUCUGUGUGUGUGAUGCAGGAUUCACCGGGGAUGACUGUAGUGAACUGAGUUGCCCAAACAAUUGUAACAAUCAGGGACGUUGUGUGAAUGGCGUGUGCAUAUGCAAGGAAGGGUUCAUGGGAGAGGACUGUGGUGAGCUGAGGUGUCCAAAUGACUGCAAUAACAGGGGGCGCUGUGUGAAUGGACAAUGCAUCUGUGAUGAAGGAUACAUGGGCCAGGACUGCAGUGAACUGAGGUGCCCCAAUGAUUGUAACAACAGAGGACGCUGUGUAAAUGGGCAGUGUGUGUGUGAUGAGGGAUUCAUGGGCCAGGACUGCAGUGAACUGAGGUGCCCCAAUGAUUGUAACAACAGAGGACGCUGUGUAAAUGGGCAGUGUGUGUGUGAUGAGGGAUUAAUGGGACUGGACUGCAGUGAACUAAGAUGCCCCAAUGAUUGCAACAAUAAAGGGCGGUGUGUUAAUGGUCAGUGCAUAUGUGAUGAAGGUUUCAUGGGAGAAGAUUGCUCAGAACUAAGAUGCCCUAAUGACUGCAACCACAGAGGUCGCUGUGUUAAUGGACAAUGUAUAUGCGAUAAUUUAUUUAUGGGCGAUGACUGCGGAGACCUUCGCUGCCCUGACGAUUGUAAUAACAGAGGACAAUGCAUCGAUGGGCAGUGUGUGUGUACUGAAGGAUUCACAGGAGACAACUGCCGUGAACUAACCUGCUUCAACAACUGCAACAAUCAAGGCAGAUGCGUAAAUGGACAAUGCGUCUGUGAUGAAGGAUUCAUCGGAGAGUUCUGCUCUAAAGUAUCACCCCCAAAAGACUUAGUUGUGACAAAUGUAACCGAUAAAACCAUGAACUUAAAUUGGGCCAACAAAAUCAAAGUUACUCAAUAUCUCAUUACCUAUGUUCCCACAAGCCCUGGUGGCUUGGAGUUUGACUUCAGAGUCCCCGGAGACCAAACAACAGCCACCAUUAGAGAACUUGAACCUGGAGUAGAGUAUUUUGUCCGUGUAUAUGCCAUUUUGAAGGACCAGAAGAGUAUCCCAGUAAGCGCCAGGGUUGCCACACAUCUGCCUACUACCGAUGAUCUAAGGUUUAAAACAAUAAAAGAAACAACUGUUGACGUGGAAUGGGAUCCUCUCGAUAUUUCCUUUGAUGCUUGGAAACUUAUCUUCCAGAAUAUUAAAAAACAAAAUGGCGAGAUAAGCACUAGCUUGGAAAGUUCCGUGACAUCUUUUGAGCAGCAAGGACUUGCACCAGGAGAAACUUAUGAAGUAUCGAUACAGGUGGUGAAGAACAAUACACUAGGACCUGCACUGACCAAGAUCACAACUACAAGACUUGAUGCCCCCAGUGAAGUUGAUGUAGAAGAUGUCACAGACACUUCUGCCUUAAUAACUUGGGCAAAACCUAUGGCUGAGAUUGAUGGAGUAUCUCUGACCUAUGGAACAGGAGAUGAGCCCAAGACUACAGUGGAACUUUCUGAAGAUGAGACCCAGUAUGCUAUGAACAACUUAAGACCCGAUACAGAGUAUGAGGUUAUUUUGAUAUCUCGACGUGGAGAAAUGACCAGUUCUCCAAUUUCCGAAACCUUUACAACAGAUUUAGACACACCCAAAAAUUUGAGAAAAGUGUCACAGACAGAUAGCACAAUUACUCUGGAAUGGAAGAAUACCUUGGCCAACAUUGACUUCUUUAGGAUCAAGUUUGCCACACUAUCUGGAGGAGAUCAUGAAGAGAUAACUGUACCCAAGAGUAACCAGGCUACCACUAAGGCUAUCCUUACAGGGUUGAGACCAGGAACUGAAUAUGGCAUAGGGCUAACAGCAGUAAAACAGGACAAAGAAAGUUCUCCUGCUACCAUCAAUGCAGCAACUGACUUGGAUGCCCCCAAAGACUUGAAGGUUUCUGAUGCUACCGAGACUACAUUAAAUGUACAAUGGGUCAAACCUAUAGCCAAGUUUGAUCGCUACCAACUUACAUACAUCACCAGUGAUGAUUCUCAAACUGAAGUCCAGGUUCCUGGAGAUGCCAGUUCCUAUGUAGUAACUGGGCUUGAACCUGGUAAAGAAUACAGCAUUUCACUGGUUGCAGAGAAAGGCAGACACAAGAGCAAGCCAGCAACUGUACUUGGGCGUACUGAAGUUCCACGGGAGCUGGGCAACCUAUUAAUAUCCCAUGUAAACUGGGACUCCUUCAAACUCACGUGGGCAGCUCCAGACAACAACUAUGAGAAAUUUGUCAUUCAGGUUCAGGACACUGCAGAAGAAGAAAAUAUACAAACCAUUUUGGUCCCUGGAGAACUUCGCUCUUUGGAAGUGCCGGGUCUGAAACCGGCCUCAAAAUAUCUCAUCACUCUGUAUGGUGUGAUUCAGGGAUCUAAAACUAAGCCUCUCUUUGGUGAAGCUGUCACAGAAAACAAGCCAGAAGUUGACAACUUGUCCAUCACCAAUGUAACACCAAAGAGCUUUGACUUGUCUUGGACAGCAACACAAGAUGAUUUUAAUCGAUUUGUUAUAGAAAUCGUUGAUACAGAAAAGUUAUUGGAGCCAGUGAAAUUAAAUGUCUCUGGCAAUCUCAGGAAUAUUUCUGUCUCAGGGUUAUUACCCAACACUGAUUACACCAUCUACCUCUAUGGCAUUGUCCGUGAUCAACCUACACAACCUAUUAGCACUUCAGCUUCUACAGAGACGGAACCUGAAGUUGGAAACCUGGUGGUUUCCAAAAUUACUCCGCACAGUCUUUACCUGUCCUGGACAGCUGACGAAAGUGGUUUUGACAACUUUAUCAUUAAAAUGCAAGAUACCAAUAAGCAGUUUGAACCAAUUACACUUACAGUACCAGGCAGUGAACGUUCAACAGUUGUGACAGGACUAACAGAUGGCACUGAAUAUGAAAUUGAGCUGCAUGGCGUCUCUAGCGGUCAGCACUCUCCAUCAAUUGAAGGAGAGGCAACAACAGCCAUGGGGUCUCCAAAAGGACUUUCCUUCUCCGACAUUACUGAGAACUCUGCUAAAGUCAUCUGGCUAGCACCGAAGAUCCGUGUUAACAAAUUCCUGAUAACUUAUGUUCCUGUGACUGGAGGUGCCAGCAGCACAGUGGAAGUGGAUGGUUCUAGAACCCAAACAACUUUAGCUAACCUCCUGCCAGGUGUUGAGUACCGUGUAAGUCUUGUGUCUGUGAAAGGCAGUGAAGAAAGUGCUCCAGCCUCUGAUACCCUGACAACAGCUCUUGACAGUCCAUCAGGUCUAAGAGUCAUCAAUGUCACGGAUUCUGAAGCUCUGGCACUGUGGAAACCAUCUUUGGCAUCGGUGGAUAAUUAUGUUAUCUCUUACUCUGCAAAGAAUGCUCCAGCUGUAGAGGUUACAGUCUCAGGCAACACUGUCGAAAAUGAUAUUAUCGGGCUUCAACCAUCCACUGAAUACAAAUUAAAAAUCUAUGCUGUUAGAGGACCACUUAGAAGUCAGGAAAUAUCUACUAUAUUCACCACAGCUUUGGAUGCCCCUAGAGAUUUAACAGCAAGUGAAAUUCAGUCAGAAUCUGCUCUGAUUACAUGGAGACCACCAAGAUCAAUAAUCACAGGUUUCUUGCUCAUCUAUGAGUCUGUGGAUGGAACGGUCAAGGAAGUAGCUUUGGGACCUGAUGCCACCUCUUACAGAGUGCCAGAUCUCAGUCCCUCAUCUCAGUAUACAGUAAGACUUCAGGCAAUUAAUGGAAACUUUAAGAGCAAAUUCAUCCAAACUAUAUUUACAACAACUGGACUUCUAUAUCCGCUCCCCAGAGACUGUUCUCAAGCUAUUCUAAAUGGAGAGACAGAAUCAGGAAUGUACACAAUUUAUGCCAAUGGUGACCAAUCACAACCUAUGGAAGUAUUUUGUGACAUGGAGAUUGAUAACGGUGGAUGGAUUGUGUUUUUGAGAAGAACUGAUGGGUCUGAAGAUUUUUACAGAAAUUGGAGAGCUUACAGUGCUGGAUUUGGAGAUCCCAAUAAUGAAUUUUUCUUAGGUCUGGAGAAUUUGCACAAAAUUACAUCCCAGGGUCAAUAUGAGUUGCGUGUUGACCUCAAAGACCGAGGUGAAACAGUUUAUGCUGUUUACGAUAAAUUUGGAGUUGGCGAUUCCAAGAGCAGAUACAGACUAAAGGUUGAUGGUUACUCUGGUACAGCAGGAGAUUCAAUGACUUAUCACAAUGGACGCUCGUUUUCCACCUACGACAAGGACAAUGAUUCCGCCAUUACCAAUUGUGCUCUGUCUUAUAAGGGAGCUUUCUGGUACAAGAAUUGUCACAGAGUAAACCUCAUGGGUAGAUAUGGUGACAACAGCCACAGUCAGGGAGUCAACUGGUUCCACUGGAAGGGUCAUGAACACUCCCUUGAGUUUGCAGAAAUGAAAAUAAGACCAGUCAGUUUCCGAAAUCUUGAAGGAAGACGAAAGAGAUCAUAAAGACUAAUAUAUUAGCAUAAAAAGAAAUAGACAAAAACGUGGGAAGAUUGACUUCAAUAACGAAUUACACCAGCCAGUCUAUGCCGCCUUCUAUACAACUCAACCCCCCCAAAAAGAAGUGUCUUACAAAAAUACCACAGUGUCUUAAGUAUGUCAUUGCUUAAAGGUGAUUUGUGGUCCAAACAACACCAAAGACUUUCUGAUGCAACUAAGCAUGCUUAUAGCAUCCCCUUCAAAUGAUAAAGAAAGGGAAAAGAGGGAGAGAACAUUGACAGGAACAAUGAAAAAAUGAAGUGUACAGUGGUAGAUUUAGAAAUUGUCAUACUUUGAACAAAGCUUUUGUUUCAUAUUUUUGUCAUACGUACAUUGUUUUAUUUCGUGGGUUGGGUGGUUUUUAUAUUUAAAAAAAAUAAAUUACAUUAC